AUGAAAAGGUAAAUCAAUUCUGCUCUUAAGUCUCGUCAAACACCUCAAUCGAUUACUAGAUUAAAGAGUGCAGUGCAAUUCAAGUUUCAAUGUGAGACUCCACAAUGCAGAACAUCGAUUGCUCCUAUGGAUCGAGUACAAACUGGCACAACUAUGCACACAUAAUAUAAAACCAACUUUUCAACGAGAGAGGAUGAAGUAUUGAAGACUUAAGUUUCGGAAGGCAAUUUGAGUAAAGUAACUAAUCUCAGGAUCAGAAUUGAUCCUAGAAGUGAAACCGAUGUCAAAAUGCAAAAUUACUUUUACAAUAAUUAGCCCAUCAAGGUUCAAAGCAACAUGAAUAUCAUUUCUAAGAGUUCCCAGAAGUUGGUUGUGACUUCUGAUAACAUGUAAACUGUGGAGGUUAGGAGAAAAAUGAAAUAUGAUCCAGCUAUUCGACAACAAGUCUUUCUGCUCAAAAUCAAGGCUAUUAAGAAUCCCUUACUUCAAAAGUUCCUUCGGUUCUUAUUGAGUAAGGAAAAAUAAUUAAUUGAUCUGAUUAAAUUCAAAUCAACCUAAUAGACUAUUGAUUUGGUGCAGGAUUUCAUCGAAAUGGCUAUUGGUACUUAAAUUAGUUUGGUUGUUGUGGAAGUGCUAUUAUUCUGUUCUUAAGUUUUAGAGAAUUGCGGUUUGGUUGAACUGUCAAUUCAUUUGUAUAAUUAAACAAGAUUGCUGUGUAAUCAUUCGAAAUAAUAAUAUGACACUUAAAAGAUGAAAGCCUUUAUUGGAUUAUCAAAUUGUGCUGUUACAUAUGAAUCUUAUGAAAUUGCAAUCAAGUUCUUAAAGAAGUGCAUACAAUAUGCUUGGCUAAAUAACAAUUUGGAAAUCGAGAAUUUGGUUUAUCAAAAAAUGGGUAUUUGUUAUUUUUAUAUGGGGAAUAUAGAAAAAGCAUCCUUUUAUCAUGAAAGGAGUAUCACCUAUGAUUUUGAAAUAGAAGACUCUCCUUUGAGGAAAUUGAGUUGUGAUACCUUGAAAAUAUAUUUGAAUAAACACUUUUCUAGAAAUUAUGCAGAAACUGUCAACAAUGCCUUGCUGAGUAAAAUGAAUUUUUAGAUUCCCAUUGACAUCAAAUAAUGUUAGGAGAACUUAAUGAAUCUAAAUGAUCUUUCUUCGUCACCUAGAGUCCAUUUAAGUACUGAAGAAUCAAGAAAAAUGUCAAUUUCUAGUGAGAACUGUGAAUUAUCUUGUCUCAAAAUCAAUGGAAUGAGAUUACUUAAAGACAUAUUGUCGUAAUAAGAGUUUGAUUUUUAAGUAUAUACUCCAAAACAUUCAUUUAAGACUGAAAGUAAAUGUUUUGACUAUUUAAACAAUAAGAAAAUUCAUCCCAAGGACAUUUAUCAUGAUGCCAAGUAUAAGGCUAAUCCAUUUGUGGUUGAUGAUCUUGGAAUUAUCAAAAGCAAAAAGUCUAGUCAAGCUGAAAAUAUGAGCAAAUACAAAUUGCCAUUGGAUCAAUAGAUUGAAAUUAGAUUAUAAUAAAAGUUUGAAUUAAACUUACAAGAGAGGAUUCAAUAAUUUGUUGGGAGUAGUCAUUAAAAGAUGGAAUAAAAGAAUAAAAUUUUGUUAACUCAUAAAAACCAAGAAAAUAGUAAAAAGAACAAAUAAAUGGAUGAAAUUAAGAAAUUUAGCGCUGUCAGUUUUCUGUACUAAAAUUUGAUUAGCAAAUUAAUUGGUUGA